AUGGCAGGCAAGCGCAAGAAGACCCAUUGGGCUGUACGGCGCAAGGUCAAACAGGCGCGUCAGGACGACCAACAGGAUGGUAUAGAGCAGCAACAUCAGGAGAAAAAGAAAGAUCGUCGUGCUGAUCGUUCCGAUGUUGUCCAUCCUGGAUCGUACGCGGCGCAGCGUCAACACGACGCUUCCAACGUGGCGUCACUAUUGCCUAAGCGUCGUUACGGUCUAUGGGUGGCCUUUUGUGGCAAGAACUACAGUGGAAUGCAGAUGAAUGAAGGCGUUAAAACCAUUGAAGCAGAGCUAGAACGUGCUCUAUUUGAGGCUGGAGGUAUUGCUGAGACCAACUACGGCUUCCUACAGAAGAUCGGCUGGAGUCGCGCUGCUCGUACGGAUAAGGGCGUGCACGCCGCGGGUCAAUUAAUUUCAGUUAAGCUUCACGUGGGUGAUGAUGUAUCUGCAUUUGUUGCCAAGGUCAACGCUGCGCUUCCUCAGGAUAUUCAAGUAAUGCAGAUGGUGACAGUCACCAAAAACUUCAAUGCGAAACUGACGUGCGAUCAGCGCACAUACGAAUACCUCGCUCCCACCUUUAUUUUUGGCAGUCAUGCACGUCAUAGAGCUUUGGAUGAUGCGGAGAACAAUCGAGACAACGCAGUGACAAAGUGGCCGUCGGAUCUGCGGGACUUGGAGGAAAGUGUUGAUAACACUUUGGUGAUUGACAGUACGACACUUGAAGCUCACAAAACAUUUCGAAUGAGCAAAGACAUGCUGGAGUUACUCAACAGCACGUUGAAUCAGUACGUUGGAACCCACAACUUUCACAAUUUUACGUCCAAGAUGGAGCCCACCAAUCCUCAGGCAAAUCGCUUUAUCAUUUCGUUUAACGCCGACCGCCCGUUCGUCCAAAAUGAUAUGGAAUGGGUGCGACUGCGUGUAGUUGGACAGAGCUUCUUGCUGCACCACAUUCGUAAGAUGAUUGGCACUGCCGUGGAAGUUGUCUCAGGUGUUACUGACUCGUCAACUAUCGAGCGUGCCAUGGCGCUAACGAAGAUGGACUUGCCAAAAGCUCCUAGUGUGGGGUUGUAUCUGGCGCAAGCUCACUUUGAGGUGUACAACAUGAAGAUGGCGGACUCGAUCCAGACAUCACGUCCACCGCUUGAUCUGAAGGAUCCAUCUGUGGCUAAAGCAGUUGAACAAUUCAAGCGUGACUAUAUCUUUGACCACAUAAUGAAGCACGAAGAGCGCACCCGCACCUAUGCGAAGUGGUUGCGAACCAUGGAGGCGCUACCGUUCGACUACGUCUCUAAGCCCUAUUUAGAGUGGAAAAAUGAGAAGGAAGAAGAGGCCAUUCAUACAGACCGUGCAGGUAGGCGCGAGUUGGCAAAGGCGGCACGUACAGAAAUGGAUGGUAUAGUUGACAAGAGAGAGGAGACCAAGGACGCAAAACUUGAAGCAGAUAAAAUUGCUGCUAAUUGA